AUGAAAUUCCUCUUGAUCUCAAUAGCUUUGCUUUCAUUUUAGGUAAGCAGCGUAACUGUUAAUUCAACUGAUGUUUGUCUAUGCACAACAGUUUAGACAAUAAAAGAUUGCCUUUUAAACUCUAAAUGUGAAUGGGAUAGUACAACUUCAAAGUGUAAAACAGUAACAACUUAAACAACUACAACAAGAUUCAUAUCAAAGCUUUGUACUGAUACAAAAACUUGUCCAAAGUAAUCGGGUUGUGUAUUUUCUGAAAAUAAAUGUAUAAUGAUGGGAGAUUGUUAAUCAUAUUUGGGUAAUUCAAAUGCUGAAUGUUAAAAGUUUUCUUCUAGAUGUAAUUACAAUAAAGAAUUAAAAACAUGCACUUCAAAUGAUGUAUGUAGUUAGUAUAGUGGAGAAGGUUAAUAAACUGAAUGUGAAAGUAUAACUUAAUAAAAUGGGGAUAAAUGGUGUAAAUUUGAUACUACUGAUAAUAAAUGCAUAACAAAAAAAUGUUCAGAUUAUGAAAAAACAACAGAUGCUGAUUGUGCAGCUGCAUUAUAAGAUGCUAAAUGUGUAAGUGAUAAAAAAAAAUGUUUAUCUUAAUUAGUUAAUUGUGAUGCAUAUACAGCAGAAUUAUGUUUAAGUGUAAAUGCAUUGAAUGGACCAUGUGAAUUAAAAAGUAGUGAUAAAACUAAAUGUUAAUCAAAAACAUGUGAAGGUGCUACAGAUUCAAAAACUGAUACUGCUUGUGAUUCAUAUUUAAAAGGAUGCAUUACAAAUAAUUUGACUUGUUUCUAAACUUUACCUUCUUGUUCAACAUAUUCUGUUACUGAUUGUACACAAGUGAAAGGAAAUAAAGGAACUUGUAUAUUAACAUCAGGUGAAACACCUACUUGUAGAGAUCCUAAAUGUGAAGAUUAUACAGAAGGUACAGAUGANUAUUUUCCUUACUAUAAAAUAUUCAUAUUAAUUUUUACUAUAAUAUUUAUUUAAUUUCUAAAGUAUUUUUCUUUAAAUUAUAUAUUUUAUAAAACAAUAUGA